CGCCUCUUUGGAGAAAAGGAAAAAACAACGACCCCUCCUUGUGAUUUCCGGCCAGAUGAUGGUCUGCGGUUGUGGUUGACAAACUCUCGAGUCGUUCCUUAAUCUUCUUCUUCACUUUACGACUUUUUGAUCAUACCCGAAUUCCACAGCCAUAAUCUACCUAACUGGUCAGCCCAGCCAGACUCUGCUUUGGGUUGAAGCUCCACCAUUAAGUCUGUUCCUGGCAUCUUGUCGUUGAGAGCCUCUUACGAAGUUGCUCCAGCCCAACCGAAGGAAAGGGACCCCAGCUUUGCGACUCUUGGGUUCUUUUGGGGAAAGGUUAUUUGGCCGCCAGUUGUGGGACCCUCUCAUAGACGCCCCCCCUCUGUCAUUGUUGCCGCCGCGAAUACUGCCCCCAAGACUCGUUGUUGAUCGCUGCUGUGAUCGCCGCACCGUCACGAUGCCGAGUAAGUCCACGAUCUGACUUCUUUCUCUCGACUGCUCUUGCCCUCUUUCUGCCUUCUGCGCUCUACUCUCGACGACGAAACGAAUACCUACCCCGCCGCCAUCUGCCACCAAGCUCUGCGCCUACCUCCCCACGCACGCCGUACCUUCCUUAUCGUUGCGAAACAACAACCUGCCCUAGCUUUACGCAUCCUCAAGCUCGGGGAGUGACGCAUCACAAGCUCUCCCACCACUGUGACACCACCGCUGUUCCACGCACACAUCGCAUACCGUACGCAACACAAGACAAUACCCCCCCAGCCAUUCGCUGUCUCGUAUCUUUGUGUUCGGCGCCUACGGCAACAAACCCAACGACGGAUCCCCGUCUCUUCACCUCUCUUUUCUUAUAUAUUCUACUUUGAAAGCACCGUUCACUAAUCAGCCAUGGAAGCUCUUCUUGAGGAUGCGUACAUCAACUCCCAGGUGGCGAGCUAUCCCGUAUCGAUGCUGGAGGACCACGCCAUCGCAGUUGACGCGACCUACUAUCUCCACCUCCAGCUCGAUUCACAGCCCAGCGAACCCCUCCUCUCGGCCCUCGGGGGCGUAACCGGUAUCCAGUCGCGCAUUGAGAACGAUCUUAACCAAUGGCAGGCCAACAAUGUUAUCCCUUUCUUUAUCUUUGAUGGCCAAAAUCUCAAGGGUCAAGAUGAGGUCAACAUCAGACGUGCUCGGGAAGGCAUUGCCCAAACCGACAGGGCCUGGGAGCAGUACUUCAAUGGCCAGGCUGAUGCUGCCGUUCAGUCAUUCGGCGAGAACACGAAUGCGUUUCAUCCUCACAACUUCUAUCGCCUUCUUCAGGGGAUACUGAAGGAGAGAAAGCUUCACUUUCUUGUGGCGCCCUUCAACGCUGCAGCUCAGAUUGCUUCGUUUGAUAUGACUGACUCGGACCAAGUCGGUGGUGUCAUGGGGUCUGUCGAGCUCCUGAUGUACCCCAUCAAUGACUGCGUGAUCAGAAGCAUCGACUGGGAAACUAGAACCGUCCGCGCAGUUUCCAAGACUCAUCUGUUGAGUGUCCUCAACGUCGCUGACCAUACUUUUGUCGACCUGAUGCUCAUGGCGGGCACGUCGUUUCUACCGGCCUUUCCUGCCCUUACAGACGGCAACAUCAUCAAGAACCAACCGUCCAACAUCAAUGAUGCUUUGAACAUCCUGCGAGUCGCUCGUAAGGAUGUGACGCAGGUCUGCAUCACCUUUGUCGAUACCCUCAAAGCACAGGAUCCCAACUGGUUGGACAAGUACCGCAAGGCCCGAAUGCUUGUUGACCACUUCACCUACAUCAAGGAAAACGGAGAAAUAACCGUUCACAACUAUGACACUCUUACUCAAGACAACUAUGAGUAUUUGGGCCUCUCUCUUCCGCCCGAGAUGUUCCAUUACCUGAACACAGGUCUAAUUGGUCCACGGAUUCUGAACCCCAUCACGCAUGCUUUUACUCAGGCUGAAGCCUCUAAGAAGCAGACGUCGGCCUCGAUGGAGGUUUUGCCCACCCUGGAUGGGACGGUCUCGCCUGAGUACAGGAAGCUGGUUACUCAACAAACUCCCCAGAUCAAAGAAGCCGCCUUGAGCUUGGUGGUAGCUCGCCUUCACCGUGCCUUCUUACACAGCACCGUCACCAUGGGCGUAUGGUUUGAUCGGGAUUUUAAGCGGAAGUUGUGGGACUUCAAGAACCAGGGCCCUUACCUGGAGCAGUGGAAAAGCUGGAGAGUGUCCGCCGAGGUAGUCGAGAAGUUGUUCCCGGAUUUUGUCCACGGAUCCAUCUUUUCUGAAGUUCUGGCGCUUGAGAAGCCAGAGUUCGUUGCCACCACCUUCUCUCAGAAGGACAAAAAGGUGAAGAAUUUGAGCCCUGACCUCAUCAAAUCCUUCUCCAUCUGGCGGUUUCUUCACAUUCGGGGCUACGUUGACAAUAAACACGAACUCACCAACUGGGGCAAGGCCUUAUCACAAGCUCUCACUGCACUUCAGCCAACAGCCAAGAGGUACUGGAAGGUACCACACCUUUACGAGUCCAUCAUUGUCGCCCUUGAGCUCGUUCGUUUCGACUUGUUAAAUGCCAAGAACAAGCAUGAAGAGUUGCGCGGCUUACCCAUGCACGGCAGCGAGGACGACCAAUUGAGCUUGUUGUUGAUCAGCAGGUGUGCGUGCCUGCUGAAACUUCGGCAUGAAUCCUAUGGGUAUACGGGGCCCCUCAGCAAGAGUCUGCUGGCUUUCCGUUCGUUGGCAUCCGAGGUGCGGGCGGCAGACCGUGACUUGGUGGAGGCGAUCUUGGCUUCAACAUUCAUGGCUGCUCAGGCUGACCGGCGGAAAGACGCCAACUGGGAGUUGGGCAACAGCCUCCCGUUCCAUUUCGAUCCCGACGUAUCCCUCGGCAUUGCCGUCAAGACGUUUUUUGACGAGAUCAAUCCCAACGACCCCGAGAUGGCCAAGAAGAAGAAGAACUUUCCCUCCAGUUAUAUCCCCUACGCCACUGCCUUCCCGGAAGACCUUGAGAUUGCCUGCGAGUUCUUUAAGGCUAUUUAUGCGGGUAUCAAGGCGUUGCCUCAGAGGGAGCUCUCGGCCAAUGACCAGGCUGUUUGGGAAAAGGCAGCAAAGUACUUGGAGGCGCGGGCUUAGGAUGCUUUUUCUUGGCAGAGCUCUCAAGCGUCCAUCAAGGGGCUCGGCAUAGUCGUCUAUAUGAAAGCAAUGAGGAGUGUAGUGGGUGGGAGCGGGCGUAGUGGUGAUGUUGAUUGAGUAUGGCUAGCUAGCGAAAAAAAAUGGAAAAAGACCGGAGCGUGUAGAAUACAAUACUGUAACCCACAUCUCUGUUCAAUACCAAAUAGCUGAUACACAC